AUGGUCCCAAAAAUUAACGAGGAUUUGGAAAACACACAACAGGAGGAAGUCCAUGUUGAUAUCGGCAACGGCGGAGCAGAGGGACGAGAAACGGAUGAUGUUUUCCGCAUUCCAAAAACGUCGACACUUGGUCCUGCCAUCAGGAAUACUCCUGAGCAGUUUCAGAUCGCAGCAAAGCGUGCUUUUUGGCGGAAUUAUCUAGCUGGCAAGGAAAACGUGAAGGUUGUUGCACCGAUGGUUGAUCAGAGUGAGCUGGCGUUCCGUAUGUUCAUGCGGAAACAUGGUGCACACAUCACAGUUACACCAAUGAUCCAUGCUCAUUUAUUCGUCAAUGACCCCACUUAUCGGCGAAAUUCGUUGGCUUUGUGUGAAGCUGAUCGUCCUCUCAUUGUGCAGUUCUGUGCUAACAAACCUGAGACAUUCCUUGCCGCUUGCCGUUUAGUCGAAGGUGUUUGUGAUGGAGUAGACCUCAAUUUGGGAUGUCCACAGAUGGUAGCUAAAAAAGGGAGAUACGGUGCAUACUUGCAGGAUGAAGUGGAUUUAAUCUGUUCUAUGGUAGCCGCUGUGAGAGAUUUUUGCGCGGUGCCCGUUUCCUGCAAAAUCCGCAUUCGGGACUGUCCUCAGGAAACCAUCCAGUACGCUCGAAGAUUAGUAGAUGCUGGUGCUACUAUGUUGACUGUCCAUGGCCGCACUCGUGAAAUGAAGGGGGCCGACACAGGUUUGGCUGAUUGGUCUCGUAUACGAGAGGUGGUCGAGGCUGUGGAUGUUCCUGUGGUAGCCAAUGGAAAUAUUCAGAUGCCUGGUGAUGUUGAAAGAUGCCUUGCCGCGACAAGAGCAGCUGCAGUGAUGUCAGCCGAGGGCUUGCUAUAUAAUCCUCUGCUCUUUGCUAAUAAGAUCGAAGAAAGCUGGGUUGUAGCGAAAGAAUAUCUCGAAUUUGCACGCAGGUAUCAGGCUGGUACAAGUGCUAUUCGCGCUCACAUCUUCAGGAUCUGUCAUCAUAGUCUUUUGGAAUUUGCUGAUUUGCGAAUGCGGGUGUCCACAGAACAUCGUUUGGAGGAUUAUGAAUCGAUUGUUGAGGAGAUUCGCUUACGAACGCGAGCUAUUGCUGACAAUGAAGACUCUCGUCAGCGAGUAGCGUUGGCAAAAGAGCUAUUCGAAAGAAUCCGGAUUGGCGCUGAGAAAAUGGAUCCUAUCGAAGUUUCUCGAACACCGCACUGGAUUUGUAAACCGUAUUUCCGCCUGUCAGAGGUAGCUCGAGAGACCAUUGUUGGUGAAGGGGAAAAGACAUACAAAGAGAGGAGAAAAGAGCAACUUCAAAAGAUUGCCGAUGAAAUGGGAUUAUCCUUGAAGCAAGCACGCAAGAGGGAGCGUAGGAAAUUGAACGGUCAGAGGACGAUAAUAUCCAAACGAAUGAAGUUUCCUCCAUGUACACGCUGCACUCAGCCAGCAGGACAAGGCUGUGCGUAUGUGUUCUGUAAAAAGUGCUGCCGUUGGACGUGUAAGCAGAAAGGCUGGGAUUGCAACGGUUAG